AUGGAGAAGGCUCCACAUGAAGCAAGACACUUGCCCACUCAGGCACCAGGACCAACCUCACCACCAGACCCUCCGAGGCUCCAGAGACUUCUGCAGGGGUGGAGAUCUUUCACUCGAACAACAUGAAGAAGCCAAUGUUCAUCAGCACCUUACUCCUGCUAUAUGUGGCAGCUGUAGACUGCAUGUGUCCAUUCCCGAGAGAAUGUGUUGAAGGGGUUCGAGACUUUCCAGUACCCUGUUGCCCGUUUUUCAAUGGCACGCGGUGCGGAAGCGGAGAAUUCAGGGGGAACUGCGUGAUGGUGAGAACCAGCAGAACCGAGCCUCCCAAGGAUAUUCGACUCGAUGAACGCGAUAGAUUUCCUGCUUUCUUUUUUAACUACACCUGCCAAUGCAAAGCGAACUUCAUGGGUCACAACUGCGGCGAAUGCAAUUUCGGCUGGACUGGGGAUAGGUGCGACAAACCGCACACGGUCGUCAGAGAGGACAUACUGAAGAAGAACGAGACUGCACUAAAAUCGUAUCUCAUGUCACUUCAUUACUGCAAAACCCAAAUCGACCCAGAUUGCGUCAUUCUGAGAAGCAGCGACCGUUUCCGCGAGAGGUCCUUUGGAUUCAUGGAUGCCUCCUUCUAUGAUGUGGCUGCUUUUAGUCAUUACUAUGCUACGGUACCUUUUAUUUCUAACGGCGAGGAAACGAAUAGGCUCAACUAUGCUCAUGGGAGUACAGGUUUUCUAGGCUGGCAUCGCCUUUGGUUACUUCAUAUGGAGAGGCAAAUGCAAAAGUGCACAAAGAAUGAGAACUUUGGUCUUGCCUAUUGGGCGUGGGAGAAGGAUCCGGACUGCGCAAUCUGUUCAAAUGAAUACUUCGGAUCCAAUGGCUGGAAUGGAGCAAUCGAUAAAUUGUCGGUCUUCUCUCAAUGGCGGAGCAUUUGCGCAGUCAGUUACCCCAAUACGGUAUGUGUAAUGGAAGACUGUCCUUGUGAACGCCCGAGGCUUUCUCGUGCAGCAGGCUUAUCAGGUUUUACAAAGGCAACGUCGGCUGAUCUGAAUUAUUGUUUAAGCAUUCCGAACCUUGACACGAGUCCUUAUACCUUUUCCUCAUCACAAAGUUUCAGGAAUUGCUUAGAAGGCCACCACAACGGCGUUCACGUUUUCCUUGGGGGAGGGAUGAGCCAAGUUCCCAUUUCCGCCAAUGACCCCUGUUUUAUCGCUCACCAUGUGAACGUAGACAGGUAUGCAGACAUUUACUAUGCAAGAUACGGCAUCACCCCGGCUUCCUAUCCCACCGGUAACAACAUUUAUGGGCACAUCGGGACAAGCUGCAUCGUUCCAUUCAUUGGCUGCUGGAGGCAAAAAGAUAUGAUGAGACCAGGCGAAUAUUUUGGAACCAUAUACGUGUAAUAUGACCGGGGGGGCUGCAUGGGGGGGUCUCUACAGCUGAAGAGGAUCGGCUCUGAAAAUUAAUCUCCCAAAAAGAAAAUUGCAAUCAUGAUACUUGAGAACAACAGUCACAGAGCCUGAUGUAAAAGUUGAUUAAAAUUAUGAUUAAAGAGUUCAAAUCACUCCACUGCUUCCUUGGAAAUGCAUUGCUAUUAAUAAAGACCCGUGCACACUGAA